AUCAUGGCAGUAUGCGGUAAACCGCUGUCGCAUGCACAGGUUAAAAAAGUUUAUUGAGCAUGCGCGGCGCUUGUCAAAAUACGGCGGGAGAGUACAAAACAUAAUAUAUAUCUCAAAAAUCGAAGCUAUUAUUGUGAAAAAAUGUGAUUGUUAUUAUUUUCAAAUAUAUAACUACAAAUUGUGGUUUUUAUUUCAAGAUAAAGCGAUGCUGUAUUUGAGAUACUAAGUGCAUAGUGCAUUAAAAUUAAAUGUGAGCGUAAUUAGGAAUUGAUAUUUUAAACAUCAUUAUAUAUCUUAUGUAAUGUUUAUAUGAUAAUUGUGAACACAAGAAAUAAAUCUUCAUUAUUGUGAGGAUCAUUUAUGUAAGGAUGAAGUUACCGCUGGACCCAAGGAUUCUAGCCGGGAAAUUGUUCCCUAUACUGCGGUGGUCCCGAAGUUACGACGCGUCUGCAGGGUUUGGAGAUCUCAUAGCCGGCAUUACUGUCGCGCUAACCCUGAUACCGCAAUCGAUUGCUUAUGCAUCGCUUGCCGGUUUUGAACCACAGUAUGGCCUCUACGCCUCUCUCCUGGGCGGUUUCGUAUACGCCAUGAUGGGAACAUGCCCCCAGAUUAACAUAGGGCCCACUGCGCUGCUAUCGCUACUCACGUUCACAUACACCAAUGGGACCAAUUCUGAUUUCGCUAUUUUACUAUGUUUCGUAUCUGGUAUAGUUCAGCUCAUCGCUGGAGUCGCACAAUUAGGCUUCUUAGUUGAAUUCGUUUCAUUGCCAGUGGUAUCAGGUUUCACGUCUGCCGCAGCGGUUACUAUAGCGUCUUCGCAGAUCAAGGGUCUGCUUGGACUUAGGUUCAGUGCUGAAACAUUUAUUGCCACAUGGCGUGGUGUAUACCAACAUAUAGAGGAGACGAGGUUUCCUGACACCUUACUGAGUUUGGCGUGUUGCAUUGUAUUGAUGGGAAUGAAGGCAUUGAAAGACAUUCGUUUGAAAGAAUCUCAAGACGAAAAAAAUCGUCGAAGCAUCAUACUACAGAAGUCCUUCUGGUUUGCUGGUGUGGCCAGAAAUGCUGUGGUGGUUGUCGUAGCCUCUCUGUUAGCUUUCUUCAUCCAUCAGGACAAAGAUGAGCCUUUUAUAUUAACAGGGAAUAUAACUCCAGGGUUACCAAAACCGGCACCACCUCCAUUCUCGAGUGUGAUCGGAAAUACGACAUAUACCUCUGGGGAUAUGCUCGCUCACCUUGGCACAGGCUUGGUGGUGGUCCCCAUAGUGGGCAUAAUUUCCAACGUGGCAAUCGCAAAGGCUUUUGCCCGAGGUCUAACUUUGGAUGCCACACAAGAGAUCAUAGCACUAGGGGUGUGCAACGUGGCCAGUUCGUUCUUCCGGUCAUUUCCUGUCAACGGCUCGUUCACUCGGAGCGCGGUCAGCGACGCGUCAGGGGUGCGCACGCCCGCUGCCGGCCUUUAUACCAGUGUUAUAGUGUUAUUGACCCUGGCCCUUCUGACCCCAUACUUCUACUUCAUACCCCGUGCAGCGCUGGCUGCUGUCAUAGUUUGUGCUGUUUUGCAUAUGGUGGAUGUAGCUAUUAUGAAGAAGCUGUGGGCUACAAGCAGACUCGACAUAAUUCCUCUCGUGGGGACAUUUCUGUGUUGCUUGGGACUAGGAAUUGAAGUGGGGCUGAUUUGUGGCGUGGGGGUGGAUGUUCUUCUGCUUCUGUAUUAUCAUUCCCGCCCGCCCUUGGAUGUCCAGUUCGUAGACGACCCUCAAUGCCCCCACUACGCAAUUAGGCCAGCAGGAGGCCUCCAUUUUGCUGGGGCAGAACGAGUUAGAUCAAAACUAAACGCCCUCAAACGAACCAAAAUUAUAACGACAUCUGUACCGUUAGAAACACUGACGAUAAUUCCAGAUAACGAUUUAAGUCGUCAAGAAACCACAGAUGGUAUUCCAGAAAACAACAGUUAUAUUCCAGACAACAACAGUAAUAUUCCAGAAGGUGUUCCAGGCGACAACAUUAACGGUAUUCCGGUGAGCAACGGUGAUGUCGUGGGAAAUCUAAAUAAUGCGGCUAUUACGAGCAAUAGAAAUAGAGUUCCUGAAAGCGGGAUACGAUCGGCGAGCGUUCUCGUGAUAUAUUGCGACGCCUUGUAUAGAAUGGAUUACACUUUUUUGCAGAGCUUAAAAAUGCUCGUCUCAGAAUGGUCGCGGGGGGGCCUCAUCGUGUGGUGUGACGUGAGACCUACCGUCAGAGACCAGUUGGAUGCGAUGUUGCCCGAGCCUCUGUACUGUGAUACUCAGAACUUGAGCUCGCUGCUUGUAGGUAAGUUAAAGAAAUCCUGGUCUUAGAGUGGUCGCGAGGGACUCAUAUCGUGUGGUGUGACGUGAGACCUACCGUCAGAGACCAGUUGGAUGCGAUGUUGCCCGAGCCUCUGUACUGUGAUACUCAGAACUUGAGCUCGCUGCUUGUAGGUAAGUUAAAGAAAUCCUGGUCUUAGAGUGGUCGCGAGGGACUCAUAUCGUGUGGUGUGACGUGAGACCUACCGUCAGAGACCAGUUGGAUGCGAUGUUGCCCGAGCCUCUGUACUGUGAUACUCAGAACUUGAGCUCGCUGCUUGUAGGUAAGUUAAAGAAAUCCUGGUCUUAGAGUGGUCGCGAGGGACUCAUAUCGUGUGGUGUGACGUGAGACCUACCGUCAGAGACCAGUUGGAUGCGAUGUUGCCCGAGCCUCUGUACUGUGAUACUCAGAACUUGAGCUCGCUGCUUGUAGGUAAGUUAAAGAAAUCCUGGUCUUAGAGUGGUCGCGAGGGACUCAUAUCGUGUGGUGUGACGUGAGACCUACCGUCAGAGACCAGUUGGAUGCGAUGUUGCCCGAGCCUCUGUACUGUGAUACUCAGAACUUGAGCUCGCUGCUUGUAGGUAAGUUAAAGAAAUCCUGGUCUUAGAGUGGUCGCGAGGGAC